UACAAAAAUGACACGCAAUAGCGAGAACCAAUAAAAAACGACGCGCAAAUACAUGAGUUUUUAUAAAUUGAGUGAUCAGACCUACUGACGUUGCUCAAUUACUUGAUUCCUUUGAAUAUAAAUUAUCAGAUGUUUCAAAAAAGUGAAAUAGGACAAUAAGAUCGAAUGUUUUGAUGUCAUCAGGCAUGCCCACGGCGUGACUUCCAUGCCCUGCGUACCUACGGAAGGGCGUGCGGUGCGGAUUACGUUUAGUUUACUAUGAAUGAUUUUAUCUCUUUCUAAACUUGAGUGUCUGUGAAUGACCGAGUGUAAUAGCGAGCGUACCAAAUUAUGGAUUGAAUAGUGUUUGUUGUUGAUCUAUUCUGAUUAUUUUCCGAAGAUAAAAUUUGUCAUCAACUGUUAUCGUGUUGUCUCGAUUUCGUGGCGCCGAUGAAAUAAAUAGUCAUAUGGCGCGAGUAUAAUUCCGCGGGAGAAGUUAGAUUUCUUACGCUAUUAUAUUUAUCAUUUACUAUUUACGCACUAUAUAAAAAGGAUAGUACGUAUUUAUAGUGUCUGCUCGUGUCGUUCGGUGGUAGCGUAGGUUCGGUAAUUCGGGUGACUUUCAUCAGUGAAGUAAACAACUUCAAGGUUAUCGGUUGGCAUGUGCCAGUGUCGUCAGUGAAGGACUGGGAUGCGGCCGCGCUAAGCCAUGUCUGGAUUUGCGGGCGGAGGCGCGGGCGUCGGCGCCGUUGUGCGCCAGGGCCACCUCCGCAAGUUGAAAACGAUGAAGAAGAAGUACUUCGUGCUUCGCUCUGAGGCUUCAGAUGGGGCGAAACUGGAGUACUAUGAGUCCGAGAAGAAAUUUCGGGCAGGAGCGGCGCCCCGUCGUGUUUUACCGCUGAAAAGUUGUUACAACAUCACACGGAGACUGGACUUGAAACAGAAGCAUGUGAUAGCAUUCUUCACUCGUGAGGAACAAUUUUGUGUAGUGGCUGAAGACGAGAAGGAGCUUCAUGAUUGGCUGUCAGCUAUUUUGAAGCAACACGGAUGUGAUGAUGCCAGCGAGGAGCUUUUGCAUCCCAUACAGCACGUAUGGCAGGUCAACGUGCAAAAAAAGGGGCUGGGUGCUUCGAAAAACAUCCAGGGGUUGUACAAUCUCUGCCUCACGGACAAAACGCUGACCCUGGUGAAGAUCAAGAGUCACAACAAUGUGAUACGGGAAUUGGCCAUACCCGAACGCAUCGAGUAUUCGCUCAAGAAUAUUAGGAGAUGCGGAGAUUCGGAGUGCUUCUUCUACGUGGAAGUAGGUCGGCAGACUUCCACUGGCGCUGGUGAACUCUGGAUGCACUCGGACGACUCCAACAUCGCACAGAGCAUGCACUCCACCAUAUACCUGGCAAUGAAGAACUGUACCAAGGAGGACGAGCGGGACCACAUUCCCCUGCCCAAGAACAGAUCCCUGGAUAGCUCCAACGCCAUCCGGGACCGAUCCCAGUCUCUGUACUCGGACUCUAAGAAGAGCAGACCCGCCCUGUCUAAUGAAAAUAAGGGCCUGUGCGUUGGCUCGUGUAUUAGACAAUGCGUUUGUCCCGCGGCCACUUACUCCAUAGACGACUCCGCGGCUGCAUUUGCACCCUUGACGCCAAAGAACGCCGAAAACCAACCACCGAAUAACUCAUUAAGUAGCGAUAAGAGAGAGACUACGAGGGUUAUAAAGCACCACCGUACUGUCUCUCUGCCCACCGGCUGCCCGUUAUUUCAAGAACCCCUCAAGAUCGUGCAUGAAAGGACCCGGUCGGCGCCGCUGACUGGGGACGAAGUUGAUAGAAUCACUAAAGAGAAAUGUGUCACGCAUUCGUCUUGUAAGACGGUUAAUGGCACUGAUUAUCUGCCGAAGAAAGCCCAAUGGUCGCGACGCGCGUCCACUGGGACUCGACUCUCGAAACUAUCGCCAGCCCAUACCAAGAACUCGGUUCCACGCAGUCGGUGUGACAGUAUGCCUUCAGCGUCGCGAGCGACCUCCUUCGAUGCGGACAGGAUACCGGCGAGGCAUGAUCACGUUGACGGUUUGGACACGUCACGUGACGAGCCGGACGCUAUGGCGGAGUGGUCGCGCACGCCGCGAAUACCCGAAGAGCCGGACUGUGUCGAAGUGUCCAAAGACUUCGUUGGGUCCCGCGCGGUGGCCAUCCUGCACUCGCGCACGUCGUCGCUGGGCGUGGAGGAGGAGGCGCGCGGCUACCUGCCCAUGGCGCGCCCCGAGCCCGGCCUGGUCUCCUCCAGCGGCUCCGUGUGCAGCGGGACCCCCUCCACCGACCCUCGGUUCAGCGAGUACCAGCUGGAGCCGGCGACGUCGCACAUCGUGGAGGGCGGGCGGCCGCCGCGCGCCUACAGCGUGGGCUCGCGGCCGGCGCGCGCGGAGCCGCCGCGGCACCGCGCCUACAGCGUGGGCGCGCAGCACGCGGCGCGCGCGCUGCCCGCGUCCGCGCCGCUGCUGCCGCGCGCCUCCGCCGAGGACCUCAUGGAGCUGGACUUCUCCGCCAACUCCGCGCGCUCCACGCUGGCCGGCCUGGCCCACAUGGGGCACAGGGCGGCCGAGCCCGCUACCAAGGUGGUAAUAGCGCGUACGCCUCCAUCGACGAUCGGCUUCAUGGAGCGUCGCCCCGUGGACGAGUACGUGGACAUGUCGCCGCGGAACGCCGGCUACGUGGAGAUGAGGCCCGGGGACGCGUCCCGCUCGCCGCCCACCGCCGCCCUGCCCACCCCCACGCUGCCCCCGCCCACGCUGCCCACCCCCACGCUGCCCACAACCGGCUCCUUGGCCACGCCAGACGGUUACGUGGAGAUGAACUACACGAGAGCACCGACGAAGCCGAUCCCCAUAGCGCAAAGGGUCACGCCGCCGACUAAUAUACCCAGUGUUGCCAGUACGAGUCAUGCGGCGUCGAUCCCGGACCCCCCCUGGCUGCGGGCGAGCUCCCCCCCGCUGCGUACGCCCCUGGGCUCGCAGAUCCUGUUCCCGCUGUCGCUGGACUCGCCGGCCGAGCCCGGGGACCACAAGGAGGACAUCUUGGACGAUGAUGAGAUGCAACAUUUUGACCCCCUCCACCCAGCGGACGCCCCCCACCCGCUGUCGACGGUGCGCGAGAUCUCGGAGGAGGGCCGCCGCAGCCCCUCGCCCUCGACGCCCGCCUCCCCCGCCUCGCCGCAGUACGUGCAGCUCGCGUCCCCCCCGCCGCCCGGCGGCGAUGCGGCGUGCGCGCAGCCGGCGCGGUUCGCGCUGCGCGGCUCGCCGUCGCCGCCGCCGCUGCACUACGCCGCGCUCGACCUCGAGCCCAGAAGAGGAGCGACGACAGCGCCUCUCCGAACGUACACGCAAAUCGACUUCGUUCGCAGCGAGAAACUUGCCGCGGACGGGUCUUAGGCUGACCACAAAUGGAUAUUAGCGUGGUCAGAAUUGAUGGUAACUUAUACGAAGUGAUUCGGAAACGCAUCGGAAGUGAAGUGUAUAGGAAGUGCUUCGCGAAGACUGCGUGAUAAAUCGAAAUCACAUCUGUUAAUGCUUCGCAAGUGAUUCCGUGAUGCUACGGUUAUUAAUCCGUAAUGCUUCGCAAGUGUUUCGGAAACAUAGUCUUGGGACUGUAAAUUUGUACAGAUAUGGAAACCUAUGUGUUGUAUAAUGUAUAGAAAACUGACCUCCUAUAGGUCUUCUGAUAGGGGGUCAGAUCUUUUAUGAUCCUAGAUUGAAAAGGAUUUUGUCAACAGAAGCGUCGAUAUACAAUAACUAUUUUAUUUUAAUAGGAAGACCAAUAGCAAAUUACAAAAAAUCAAAUAGAAAUACAGUUAUCCAGCAAAUAAAAUCUAAAUAAAAUUACAACUAAAUAGUUUUGUUUUAAACACAUAGGAUCGUCCUUAAACGAAGUAAAUAGUAUAAAAACAGAAAGUUAACUACGCGAAGUGAAUAUAGAUAAACUAAAUAUAGUAAGUUAAGUACCGUCUCGUCGAAAUUGCGCUUGCGCAGUCAAAAGUUAAGUGGGCUAUGCGAGGCGAUGUCGAUAGGAAAUUUUACCAUAACAUUUGUGAACACAGAAUGGCUAGAGAAAAAAAUACAAAGUCCCCAUAACUAAUAAAUAAAUAACAAAAAAAUAUUGAAAAAUACAAAUGUUGUUAAAAAUAUAAGUAAAUUUCAGGUUUUUUAUGAAAUUUGAUUCUGAAUAACUUUCAAGAAGGAUUUUUAACUAUAACGAAUUAAAUGAAAACUAAUAUCUUCAUUGCACAAAAAUUUACACAGCUACAAGAAAUAGUACAUAGUUAUAAAAGAAAUAAAUCACUUGCAAUGGCGGACUUAUCCAAUCGCCUUCUGUAAAACUAAUGUUAUGGUGACGUCACAUGUUCUCUCCCGGAUUUCGCUUCGUAUUUGUAUCUGAGAGUUACAAAUACGAAGGUGUUCCAGGAUCGUUGGAAUAGCUUUUCAAAUACUAAUUAUGUUCUCACACUAUUUCAAUGCGAAUUAUUCAAUUUUUUUUCAAUCGUAGGCGGUUUUCUUUUUACAAAACUUAUUCAUUUUAUAUUUUAUUACAUCUUACAAAACAAAACCUAAAAAAAAAACAAAGAAGUUCACGAAUUGUACUUUAAGGGUUGAGUAAUGCUGCAUGAUAAAAAAAAAGUGUGACAAUUCCUCCAAGACCUCUUCACUUCGCUUUUUACCUUCUUAAAUAUCAGAAAAACGGCUUGAAGUCGUCUCACUUCGUCUAGUUUCUAGUUCAUUAUUAAUUUAAUUAUAUUAAAACUGUACAGCGGAUAAGUUUAAUACACUAUUAAGACUAAAAUAACUCCAAAAAUUCUCUUAAUGUACAUAAUUAAUUAGUCUUCGUGUUUUGUUAUACGCUGAUAUUUAUUUAAGUCCUUCUCUUUGUACGGUGAGCGGCAGAUUAAGUAUGACGGAAUAUUUGAUUACAAAUACAAAGUUACGAUUGAACUUGAUGCCACUGUAUUUCACGUCAUGGUUGGGACAUAGAUACGAAUUUACGCUUGUAAUCGAUACUUAUAACUUGAAUAAUGUAUUUGUAGAUUUAAUAUUAAAUAUAUAUACAAAAGUGCUUUUGUCAUGUGAUUCAUUAUAUUGUUUAUGCGACAGACAUGUAAUAUUAGAAUUGAUUAUUAACUAAGGACGAACUGUAUAGCAAAAAAAAUAUUGAAUUAAAUACAGAGAACCAUUUUAUGUAUACCAAAAUAAUUACAUCGAACUUAAAUUCAGAAUAUUAUAAAAAGUUACCUAUGUUGUACGUAAAAUAUAUUUAUUAUCUUUUCAAUCGAUAAAGAACAAUUUUUAUUAACGCAAUAUUAUGUCUAAAGAAUAUAUUUUUAAGCUCACAUUUUAAUUAAUAGGCGUAGUCAUAUUAACACUGUUAUAAGCGUAAUUACGUGUCGUAUGUCCAUUGUAAUGCUACACGGGACGGUCGCACGCUGUGAGAUCAGUAAUCUGUACGUGUGAAAUUAAAAAUAAUUAUGCAACGGUUGUGAGGGAGGCCUAAAGUAGUGUUCAGUUUAUGUUCCCUUAUAAAUAUACUGCCUAUUGUGUUCUUAGGAUACUAUAUGUUCAUUUGUGAACUGUGCAAUUUACGCAAGAAGGUCAUUGGUGAUAUUGAGUUUAUCGGAUAUCAAAAUAGUUUGAACAUUACAAUAAAAAAAAUCUGAAUAGUUUAAACUGUCAUAUUCAGAAUCCGGAAGUCGACAUAUUGGCGGUCUUAAUUUGAAGCGUGAUUUUUCCAAUUUGUGUGUUUAAAAAUUCAUACAUACUCAACAUGAAUUCUCCUUCGACUACGGUUUCAGUGUGUGGCUUCAUGCAACAUGAUAGAUAAAUGGUUGAUCGAAUGAAAUAGCACCGUAAAAGUGCUCGAACGAUCGAUUAUUUUAAAAAUUAUCGAAUGAAUAUUCUCAAUAUAUUACUUGGUCUUCUUGCAUUAUACCAGACAUUUACUGAUAAAGUUACUACUGUUAGUUAUUGGCCCGAGUUGACGGAACCGUUCCUGAUUCAUUCAAUUGAAAUUUAAGAUGUUAUUACUUCGUUAAUUUGUUUUUUUUUUUUUUUAUUAUGUACAUUUAAAUGUGACUGCACUAUUUCUUAAGUUUUUAAACAGUGUUUUAAUUUAUUACGGUUAUCACAAUAGAAAUAUUAGAUGACUAUUGAGAAGACGAUACUUAAUUGUUAUUAGUUUCUCAUUUAUAGUUUUUUUUAUUAUCAGAAAUGUUUGGAAAAUGCAGUAAAAUGAAUGCGAACGUCAGCUCCGGCCGUCACCGACCGAGAUUGUCGAUAAGAAAGUUUUAAUCUUUUUAUCAAUUAUUUUAUCAUCUGUUGAUUAAUUUAUCACAACAAUAAAAUAAAUACAUGUUACAAAUAAAAAUAUUUUAAUUUUUACCAAUAAAAUAAUCACACAAACUCUUCCAUUUUAUUAUUUUUUGUAAUAAUAAGAGUGAUUUUAUUAUUUUAUAAACAAUUUCUUUUCGAUGUCUCGGUCAAUGUGUUGUUAACGUAAAUUAUGUGUUCAUACCGAAAAUAAAUCUGUUCAUAUAAUGUUUAUCUACAUCCAAAUUAUAGUAUUUUGCAUCGUUAAGAUUUUAAACACAGAGGUGGAUAUUAUUAUAUUUUUUUUUCUUAUUUAUUAUAUAUAUGUAAUAGAAAAGUAAUUCUGAACAACCAGUGUUGUUCACAUUUGUUAUAUUUAUGUGUUACAUAUGAAUUGUGCAGGAUCUUACUUCAUUAUCCUCGUGUUAUCAGCGCUUUUCAAAGAAUAAAAAAAAAUACGGCAAUUACAAAAAAAUUCUAAGAGCACCUACGUUCAUUUAAAAAGCCAUAGGUUUUACGAGGUUAACAUAAUGUGUUAGCUAUAGUUAUUGUUGUUGUAAAAGUAAAUAGUACCGGAGAUAUGUUUAUUUACAUAAGUGCAAUUAAUGUGUUCUAUACCUCAGGAAAUUUGUUGUCGUCAUUGGGUAAUUCCAUGCUCUAAAAAGUAUAGAAAUCUUCAUUGGUGGCGAUAGCGUAAAGGCUUUCGUCGUGAUUUUACGAAACCUGCAUUCAUAUGAAAUAGAACAAAAACAUUCUUCUCUCAUUGCUUCGGACGACUAAAUUGAAAGAGAGAUAAAUAAAUGUACCUUGUCCAAGAGUCGUGAAUUUGUGAGAUGUAAAUAUAAUUGUUUGUUACUAUAAUCAAAUAAUACAGUAAAAUGUUAGCUUUACACGUUUGCAGGUUCCGUAAAGUCGACGUUGGUGUAAAAUCAGUUCGCUUGGAGAUUUCGCGUCACUCGGGGAUUUUAUUAUAGCACUGAAUGUUGCCACUUUAACGUAGUGAAAAUUGCAACAUUUGCGUAACUGUGAAUUAAAACAAUGAUUCAAUUAACAUCGGGUGAUCUGUCCCGGCGAACUUACGACUAUAGCGCGUAAUGGCCAAUAAAUGAAUGCUACAUUCCGGCACUGAAGCGAUUUGACUAGUCUCGUGUGUUCAAAUACUUCCUAAAUGAGUAAUUGUUUAGUUUCAUAGGUAAUAUGCUUUUUGCCGCGCUCUUUAAAAAGUAAUGGGACCUGUAUAAUGCCUGACUGAGUCAACACCAAAUUUUUUAUAUUGAAAUGAACGUUAUUUAUUGUGGUUUCCUCCGUGAGUUACAUAAAAGAGGAAUUGCGUCUAUAAUGGACAGACGUAUUACAACAGGGGUCUUGUUUCGUAAACAUAACUCAAGUCGCAUGAUAGUUACUAUUAUAUCACAGUAAAAUUGUUUUUAAUCUGCUAUGAUGAAAAUGAUAUGUGAAUCCCAGAUUAACCCCGACUGUAGAUGACGAUAUAUCAUAAAAAUUGUAAGCUUUAAAAAAAUAUGCCAGGAAAAAUUGAGCAAAACGGUUUUUGUAUUGGAUCGCUAGAUAAUGAUAGCUGUAGAUUGUGUAAUUAUAUCGUGUUGUGUAGCGCAAACUGAAGCAAUUUUGAUGUGAAACCGGGCGGUCUCGCUCGAGUCGUGAUGUUGUCGAGUGUUAGCGAUAGAUUCCACCAGUAGUCAAAGAUUUACGAUGUGACAGCUCCUCGGCCAAUCAGAAAUUUGCACGUGUUACGUGCGGUGUUGUGAUUGGUUGAAUGUGAAACGUAGGAAACUCAAAUUUGAUUCGCGUCCAUUGAUUGGACGUGGAGUGAAGAUGCGAUUGCAUUGACACAGAAUGUAAUGAAAAAGCGAGCGUUGAAUUUCCAACUUUAUUUGUAAAAAAGUAUAAAGGUAUUUUAUAAAUUCAAAGAACAAAAUUCGCCGUAAAAUUUGUUGAACGGGAUCAUUGAAAUUCUACUUUAUAUUAUGUAAUUAGGUGAUUGCUUAGUAAAUGAGAAACCAAGAAAUUCGCCUGAUUCAAAUAAGUCAAACUUGUGUUUGUUAUGAUAAGUGACUAAGUCAAACCCCUAUGAGUUAAAAACUCGAGGCUCACUAGAUGUAAGUGUCAAUGGAAGCGCGUCUCAUGAUAAUAUUGUUAUGUAAACGAUUUUAUUGUAGUGUAGUAUUGGCUCGGCUGAAGAUUAACACUGAACGAUCAGCGUUUCUCGUUUUAGGAUAAAUCUUGUUUGUAGAGCACCUGUUUGAGAAACAACCGCAUCUAUGAGAUGCCACAGUGCUUGUAUAUAAGCACGAAAAAGUACGUUUAGUAUUAAAUAUAGCUACUAAAUUAAUUUCAUUUGUUUUCACGCGUCGAUUUCUGAUGUAUAAAUUGUUUAGACGAUAGCUUGUUUAAGAGACGCCUAUAUAAUGCAAAGUUGUAAUAGAAAUAGGAGUAAUUGGUCUUACAUUAUUCUUGAUUCUAUGAUCAUUUGAGAAUCGCUGGUCUGUUUGUAUUGCUCUCGGUUUGAGCUUAUUAGUUCACCUGGCGCCGACCGCUGUGGCGUGCGAUAUCAACUAGAACGGGACAUUUGAUGACCUAUCAACAAGAUUAGCUAAUUUUUAUUAGUAGUAUUAAGAAACUAAAAGUAUACCUACAUCUAUCCGAGGGGUAGACAGAGACAAGUUAAAAGUACAGUAAAGUAUGAUCGAUGUUUUGUUACUGUUUUAUUGAUCUAUUGCAAGGAUUUGUAUUUCGAAAUGUAAAACUUAAUGUCUGCAAAUUUCGAAAUUUUAAUUUGAAAAGAAAAUGUAGUUUGCGAUUAUUUUGACCAAAUGUUAUAAAUAUUUGGAAAAUUUGCUAAGCAUUGCAUAUGAAAUAUGUAGCUAUAUUCACAUAGAAAUUUUGUGUGGACUGUUUAUUUAUAAAUAGAUAAACAUCUUUAGCAAAGAUUGAGUCCACACCAUCUGAAUUUAAGCAUUUAAAUAGCAAUUUAGCUUUGAAAAAAUUUUGCUAUUAAUAUUUUCAUUGUGGAAUCACUACUAGGUUGGAGUUAUAGGCAAGGUUUAGGAAGAAUUAAUAGGAAAGUUGCAAAAAAUAUUUAAGAUUCGCACGCCUCAUUGGUUGGUCAAGUUAGUAGCCAUUACGCAGUUAGCUAGUGCCACCUCGCAAUUAUCUAGUACCGUGUUAGAUAUAUAUUACUAUAUAUACAUUUACUUUAUUCCACAUAGAUUAAGAUGUGUUGAGUUUAAACACUAGUUGUAAGCAUAGACGGGUAACGACUAAGAAUAAAGAGAAAGGUCGAUGGUGGAAUCUCCUUUUAAAAUAUGCCGCAAAUAUCGAUAGUCAAUUGUUAUACAAAGUUAAUAAUUUUAUAUACACACGCAGCACAAAAAGUUAUACCAAGACUUUGCAAGGUCACAAAAAUGGUUUAUAUUUUCCAAACGAAAUAUUGCAUAUUCUAAAAGGAGCUUUUGGCUUCAUUUACAUUGGUUAGACUUGUGUUUGCGACAUCGAAAGCUAGUGUGAAUGCGGCCUUAUAUUAACUUUUAUAAUUAUACAAAUAAGUUAACUCCGCGAACGAUCGUCAUGACAAAAGGAGUUAUUAUGAAAUGUAUACUAGUCCCAUUGCAAGUUAACACAGAUUUUUGCAUAAAAAUGUUCCUGUAACGGCGUAAAUAGCGUUUUUUUAGAUAAAAUAAAAAAAAAUAGUGAGUAAAUAAUUUAACAAAUAGACAGUUAUUUUAGUGUACGGGGUGUCGAGGGCUACGCUGCGCGGGCUUACGGACGUGAGGCGGGAACAGGCGCUGACAAUUUUGUUGUUUUUUGGAUAAAAAAUUAUAUAUUUUUUUACAAAUGGUGCUACUGUUUUGUUUUAGUCAAUAGCUCGAGCUGUACUGCCACUGUAGAUAGCCGCGCGUUGAGAACGCGUCUCAUAUCACACGUCGAUACAUAGCGACAUCCUCCGAUACGUUAGGUGUAGUCUAGCUUUUGUAACGCGGCAGUCGCGGGUGCGCCCGCCAAUUUCAUUAUUGAAUUUCUAAAUCUAAUAUUUAGUACGUUAAAUUUUGUUUACUUUCAUAUUACGAUUAUAUUGUAAAUAAAAUAAAAAGCUUUGGAUUUGCGCAUUUG